AUGGCCUACAAGUUUCACAAGUUGCCAGGCCGUCAAGAAUGGCUGGUUAGUGUGACAGACCCAAAAGAGGCACAGUACUCUUACCAGAUGUUUGGCCAUGGAGAGCCAUUUCAGUAUCUUGGCAGGUCAAGACCUUGCAGCGUCCCUCGAAUCGAUAAUCCUGCUCAGACUUGGUUGCAGAGUAAUAAUGCCCUGGAGUACUCGAUCCAGGAAAGACGAAACGACACCACGAUCAAUCUGGUAUGCCCGUAUAUCUGCUAUGCGGGACUGCAGGAGCUGAAAGUUUCUGCCCUGGGGCUCAAGUACGUCGACUUCAUGCAACAGCUGCGUCUAUCAAGGCGGCGUCCAGAGCAGGCUGAGGCGAUCUUGGGCUUCAAAAAGGCGCUGUGCAGAUAUCCCGAUCUCGCAGUGACGAAGCCGCCAGUGAUUACAGUCAACCCCGCGCCCAAACAUAUCUCGGCCGAAUUAGUCUCUAACGAAACACAAGGUUCUCAGAACCAUCAUGAGUCGGCUGGGUUCUUUAAUCACAUUCCCGGACUCUCUAUUGUGGCCCAACAUGAAGAUAUAUGGCAAGACCUCAACCUUGUUUCGUCUACAUGGUCGGAUUGGGAGACCUUUCCAAUCAACAAGGACCUUCCCGAGAACGCUUACCCGAAGCUGCAAUCCCAAGCUGGCGAUCUAAUCAAUUGUCGCGGGGCCAUCCGUGGCAACUGGACUCUAAGCAGUCUUACGGAGAGUUACUUGGUGGAGGCGGUGUUCGUUGUUGACGCAGUAUUCACCAGCAUCGAAAAGCCUGGAGUGCAGUUCGAUUUUGUCUUCUCUACAGAUACUGUCACGAGUUAUGGCACGCAGCAAUGGGCAUAUGAAGUGUGGUAA